AUGCAAGAAAGAUUUGCUAUGAUUCUUCUUUGGUUGGGAUUUUCGAUUCAAUCUUUAGCAUCGCAGGAUCAUCAAGAAAUUCCGAAAUACUUCUUAAAAAGUGGAGCUGGUCCUGAUGAUGGAAUUUACUACCCUCUAAAAAUUUCAUUAGAGGUCGAUGAGAGUUCUUUUCAAAAUACUCAGUCAGAUAAGGCUGUAAAAGAGGCUGCUGCUACAACAGCCUCAAUUUUUUUAGAUUUAGUACUUUCUCAACCUUCAAAAGAAGCUAUCAAGCUUGGAGAGAAAAUCCAAUGUGACGACUUUUUAAUUCGUCAAAUUGUAAAAAGUCAAGGAAUUAAUGCAGAUUUCGCCUGGCACAUCACUUACAGCAAUAAAUCUGAAAAAGAGAUCGUUACAAUAAAGAAAUGCGAAAAUGGCAGUCAACUUCUUGCCGUGUCGAUUGCGAUCAACUUAAUCCCCACUAUGUGAGUAAGCAAAAUCUUUUUAAUUUAAAAAUUUUUUUAUGAAAAAUAAUUUUGACAUUUAAGCGGUAAAUAAUAUAAAAAUCUCUAGCUAAUUUUUGUUUAAUUUAAAACAGAUUGCAUCUUGAAACAUAAAUUUUACAAAUUAAAUUAAUUUUCACAUCUGCAAAUUGGCAUUUUUCAAAAUUUCGGAAAAAAUUAAAACCCUUUCGUGAGUAAAUAAAUAUUUUGGUUCUUAUAAGGGGAGGAUUUAGAGAAAUUUUUAAAACUUGAAACGGUUUCACAAGUAAAAUUUUUAUCCUUAACUCUUGCAAGCACCAUUUUCGAAGAUGGUUUAAUUCGAAAUCAACUCCUCACUCCCCCCUUUAAAUCAAUAUAAAAAUUUUUUAUGAAAUAUAUAAAAAUUUAAAAAAAAAAAAAAAAUCAAAAACAUCGAAAUAGAUCAAUAAAUUUGUUUAAUAAAAUGCUAUUUACUCUUUUAUCCUUUAAAAAAAAGCAAGAUAUAACUAAAUUUUCAUUAUUAGUUAAUACACCACUAUUAAUUGGUAAUCAAAAUUAUUUACACAAAAAUUAUUAUUUUUAUUGAUAAAAAAAAUUAAAAAAAAAAAUUUUGGAAAAUUUAUCGAUCAAAGUGCUAAUUUUGUUUAAAUGAGAUGCUAAGGACCCCCCCCUCAUUUGUCGAAUUUUCUAGUCUUUUUUUUAUAAGAAAUUUUUUUUUUUCAGGACCUCAUUUGUCCCAAAAUCUAGUCAAAAAUGAUUUGUCCAAUUUUCUAGUCUUUUUUGCAUUUUUUCGAAUGCCCUAAAUUCUAGUUUUUUACUUUAAAAAAACUAGAAAAUUUGGACAAUUGAGGUCCUGAAAAUUUUUUUUCUCUAUCAAAAUUUUGACUAGAAAAUUGGACAAAUGAGGUCCUAAAAAUUUUUUUUUUUUCCUAUAAAAAAAACUAGAAAAAUGGACAAAUGAUAAAAGACUAGAAAAUUGGACAAAUGAGGGGGCGUCCUUAUUUAUACUCUAUUCUUUAAAAUAAAGCAAGAAUUAAGUAAAUUUUGAAAUUUUAUAAAGAAUUCCUAUUGAAUUUAUGUCAAAACUAUCCAAAUAAAAAAUAUCAUUUUUAUCAAAAAAAACAAAAAUUUUUUUGAAAAUUUUUUAAAAAAAAAAAUUAAUUUUUUUUUAAAAUUUACCAAUUAAGGAUAAUAAAUUUAUUUAAAUAAGAUGCUCUUUAUACUUUUUUUUUUAAAACAGAGCAAGAUAUAACUAAAUUUUUAAUUUUAGUUAAGAAGAAACAUUUAAAUUAUAUCAAAAACUUUUUAGAUAAAAAUUAUAUAUAAUUUUUUAUUAUAAAAUUAAAUUUUGUUCCAAUUUAAAGGGGGGUUAAUUUACCGAAAAAGUGGAAAUUUUACCGAUAUUUUGUUCCAAUUUAAAGGGGGGGAGUCAGUGAAAUCGAAGACUACUUGCAGCAUCUGACUGAAAAUCUAUCAGAUGUCUGCAUAGCCAAUUGCUUUAGCUGCGUAGAUUCAACAACAUGCUCAGUUUGUAAUGAAUAUUAUUAUCUCAACGCCAACGACACUCAGUGCUGUGGUUUCCCGCAUUGUGAAACUUGCAACAAAGGAAAUUAUUGCGAUUCUUGCGUUGAAGGAUCUUAUUUCAGCAAUGGAAAUUGCCUACCGUGCGUUUGAGAAAACUGCAUAAAUUGCAAUGCGACAAACUGCUUAGGAUGCCAGCCUGGAUAUUUUGUAUUUAAUGGAGUCUUCUGCUUUGCAUGCUCUACAGGAUGUGAAUUGUGCAAAUCUACUGGCAUUGGAGUAGGCUCAGUAUGCACUCAAUGUUACGAUCCUGAUCAUUCUAUACUUACAAACGGUGAAUGCAUCUGCACAAACCCAAAUUUCGUUUUCGAUCAAAACAAUGUAUGCGCCUGCCCCCCAGGUGCCCUCUUGGCGCAAUAGUCCGGACCUUAUUGCUACGGCGAGCUGGAACACUCAUAACCGAGAAUCAAAUGCAGUCUCAAGAGAUGUGGACCAGAUUAGGUUUUGGCUUCUUUCCUGUGGUUGGAUAUGGAGGUACCAACAACGUCCUUUGUAUCUGAAGAUUCAUGAGUAUUACUCUACUGAGAAACUGGGGGUUUUGGCACUUCGGUACAGACUCCAAGGAUCUUGGAAUCAAGAUACUCCAAUUCCCCGUAACAGGGUCACAGAAUCCGUAAGCACUCAAGACUGGAGCUGCAAUAAGGAGACAGAAGGUACUGGAAACUGCAUUUAUAUUCGGAGAAAGACCUUUGGGCUGUAGUUGAAAAGCGGAUGAGGGAGGUCUUUGGUGGCUGCGCCACCAAAAUGGCUAACAUCUGACUUUAAUAGCCUAACCUAACCUGCCCCCCAGGUUUUUAUGAAGGUCCUAAUGAAAAUUGCCUAGCAUGCAAUUUUGGCUGCGAAACCUGUAUAGCGAGAGCUCCCCUAUAGAUUUUUAAGAAAAAUGCUAUUCAAAGAAAAACUUUAUUUAAAAUUCCAAAAAAAAGCUAAAAAGUCAAAAUUCAUUUUAAAGAUGCCAUUAUAUACGUCCUAUUUGUCAAUUCUAAAAUUGACUUUUCAGAUUUUUCCUUAAUUUAAAAUUAUAAUAUUUUAUUUAAAAGUAAUUGUCCUCAGAGAUCUAAAAUGAGGCUUGUGCUAUACUUCCCCAGAUCAGUGCACAUUUUGUUUCGACAGCAAUAGCAUGAUCCCUCAUGUAGACGGAAGCUGUUCAUGUGCAAAUGCCGUGCUUAAGUUUAAUACAACUACUCAUACUUGCAGCUGCCCUUAUCGUGAAUAUUUUAACUCUCAAAGCAAUACUUGCGAGCUAUGUCCAGAUGCUUGUGCUUCUUGCUAUAGCAGCACUGAUUGCAUUGAUUGCGUUAAUAACAAUAUUUUAAUUCCAGGAGGAGAUAAUUGCUAUUGCAUCGAUAGCACAAAGGUAUACGACAAUACAACUGAAACUUGCGUUCCUUGCCCUGAUGGAAAGUAUGCUAAUAAUGGAGUAUGCGCCCCAUGUGUUAACGGCUGUGCUACAUGCACAACUUCUACUGAAUGCACUUCAUGCCUUCCCGGUAUGCAUCUUUAUCAAAACACUUAUGCUUGCUUAUGUAAUGAAGCUUUUGAUAUAUUUGAUUCAGGCACGAACUCUUGCAUAAGUUGCAACCCUAGUCAGAAUGUUUGCACUAGUAAUUGCUUUUUGGGAUGCAAAGCGUGCACUGAAUAUCCGGCUUGCCAAACUUGUUUUGACGAUGAAAAAAUGUUCAAUGAAGUCUGCAUCUGUAAGGACCAUGAAAAAGUAUUUAACCCUGCUAACUCCCCCUUCCGUUAGUGAUAAAAAAAAUUUGUUUGUUCACGGAGGGUUAAUUAUUUUUUAAAAUAUUCCAAUUCGUAAAAAUUAAUUUAAUUUAUGAAAUUUAUGUUUUGAAAUGCAAGCUGUUUAAAAUUAAACAGAAUUAGCUAGAGAUUUCAUUAUAAUAAUUAUUAAUUAUAUGUCAAAAUUAUUUUUCAUAAAGAUUUUUAAUUAAAUUUUUUUUUUCACUCACGAAGGGUUGGUUUUUGGGCAAAAAAAUAGAUGGUUUUUGUUCUCUCACGGAGAAAGGAGUAAGCAAAAAUGCGUGAAUGUUAGCUCAGCAAAGGGGCUAACUUUGAUUUGGAUUUUGGUGCUUUAUGCAGCCAUCUAA